CGGGGCAGCGCUCUGCUGCGCCCGCGGCUGAGCCCCCUGCGCGCGCCCGCACGCAACCCCGCAGCGGGCGGGGCAGCCCGGAUCAUCUGUAAGUGCUGGGGAGGGCGUCUGCGUGGCGCAGUCACAGAGCGGAGCCGAUGGCCUCUGCUAACAUAUUGGUGGUUUUGUUGCUGGCGUCGGCUGAGCUCACGGUGGCGUUGCGACGUCCCGAGGUCCGCGGACUGGUGCGCGCGUCACGCAACGCGUCUGAUCUUCGCCGGCUGCAAUCUUGCGGUUCCGCGACCUUCGUGGCGAUAAGUACCUCCGAGUGUCCUUCGGAUUCCGACCUGGGGAAUUGCUACGACUCUGUGGCGUGCGGCGAACUCUGCGAGGGCGAUGACGAGUGCGGGACUGAUGGCAACCUGGACAACUGCGCGAGUUAUGACGUCUACAGGAGAGACUGCCCGACUACGGCCGCGAGCUUCGUGUACGUCAGCCAAAGUAUGUAUUACGACGACGCGCGCGCGUACUGCCGCGCAAACUACUACGACUUCGCGUCUAUCCACAGCUCCAGUGAGAAUGCGGCAGUCGACGCGCUUUGUCCCGGUAAUUGUUGGAUCGGGGGCUCCGACGCGGCCCAAGAGGGCACGUGGACGUGGUCGGACGGCACCGCGUGGGACUACGAGAACUGGUAUCCCGGUGAGCCCAACAACUCGGGCAACGAGGACUAUGCAGAAAUGUGGAGCGAUGGCACGUGGAACGACACACCUAAUAGUUACAAAACUUUCGUGUGCAGCAGCAGUAGCGGCAGCACCAGCGGCGAUGCGACGACAGGUUGGACGGCAUCCGACAGCAAUAUCCACUCGGCUGUGUAUGAUUGGAUCUACAGCCGCAGCUCCGCCGAGUCGACCUAUGGCCACAUCUCGACGUGGGACACGAGUCAGGUAACGGACAUGGCGUAUUUGUUUUGCGGGUACGCCUUAAGCUAUUGCGGCAGUUCGUACACGACCUACAAGUAUAACGCGAGGUACUUUAACGACGACAUCAGCACGUGGGAUACUUCUAGGGUGACAAGGAUGUACAAUAUGUUCAUGAACGCCCAAGACUUCAACCAAGACCUCAGCGGCUGGAACAUUCGGGCCGUGACGGGGGAUUUAGGUUACCUUUUCUACCAAACCUAUGACUUGGACCAGUACCUCGGCUGGUGCUUCGAAUACGACGUGAGUAUAAGCUACGCUUUUUACUACACUGGGUGCUCUUAUUCGUCGUGUGGGGUAACGCAAAUGAGCGUCUGCCCGACGCCUGCGCCGACGCGGGAACCGACAAGACAGCCUACCCAGCCAAAUUGGGGGUUCCAAUCAGGCUGGUGUUCCUCCGACCUGGACGAGUACGUGGGCGACGCCUCUAGCGUGCAGGAUUGCUGGGAGAAGUGCGAAGAAAUUCACGGCUUCGACCUCGUGGCCGUCGACCUGGACCUUGAAGGCCAGUGCUACUGUCAGGACGAGUGCCAGUGCCUGGAUCUCGGCCACGGCAUGGGAUACUACGUGGCGACGCGCGACAAUGUCAUCGCCGAGCUGCCAGGGAUGUGUGGAGGCUGUUCGGACGUGUGUACGGAGAAAAUGUACAAGGGUUCGUGCACCGGCUUCACGCGAGAGGCCAAAGGCAAGUGGGGCGACUGGACGCUGCCGGAGUACGAGGGCAUCGGGUGCUCGAAGGACCAGUGCUGCGCCUCGAACGAAGGCGAGUGCUGCGAGCUCAACGUCGGCAUGAUCGCCGGCGUCGCCGUCGCCAUCUUCGUCGUCGUCGCCGGCUGCAUUGGUGUGUGCUGCUUUUUGGGAUGCAAGAAGCGGAAGCAGGAGACCGGCAAGCCGCCCUCGCUGCCCCUGGUCGGCGACGCUCGGGAGCCUCCGCCGCCGGCGCUGGCGGCGAUGCCCCCGCCGACGCCGCCGCCGGCGCUGGUGCCAAUUCCCGAGCACAAAAAGCAACGCCGGUUCCCCGAUCUGUCGGCGCCGCUGCCCCCGACCCUGGCGCCCAUCAAGGCCCAAGCCGCCGGGAUGAUGCUGAACGAAGAGACGCCGCCGCAACCAUCGGCCCCAGUCGCGGAGCCGGUUCAGUCGACGUCGUCGGUGGGAUGGGGCGCGCGCUCCCUACAGCGCCUCGCGUCCUGGCGCGCGCCGGCACCGGAGACCAGCGAAAUGGAACCGGAACCGGAGGUCCCUGCCGCGGAGCCGGAGGUCCCUGCCGCAGAGCCGAUUCCGUCGUCCGAGGGCUGGGGCGCGCGCGGGCUGCAGCGCCUCGCGUCCUGGCGCGCGCCGGCCGCGGCGCCGCCCCCGAUCACCCUGGGCGGCAAGAAGGUCGACGUCGCUCAGGAGGAAUUGUGCUCGCCGCGCCGCGUCGACAUGGUCCACGCUUCGGUUGAGCGCUGGUACAACACGACCGAGAAGGGCGCCGCGCUGCGCACCAGGUUCGGACCAUUCCCCGCGACGCCGGAGGCGCUCAACAAAUGGUACGCACGCAACAAGGUCAUGACGGCGUUUCUAGACGAUCAGGGCGUACCUCCCGAAUUCUAGCGACCGGAAAUUCCCCUUCCCCCCAAAUUCACUUUACGACGGACGCCCGCGGCCUCAAGUUUCCCGCCUGGCGCAGUCCGCUCCUCUCGCUUGUCCAGUGCUCCACGCGACCGGACCCGACGGAACUUUCCUCUAUUACUCUCACUUUACUAAGACC